CCCCGACCCCGGCCCUGGCGCAGACCCAGCCGCAGAUCCCGCCCGGCAGCGUCCAGGCCCCAGGUGCGGCAGAGCAGUCUCGGUGACUUAGGCAGCUCUGGGGAACGAGGUGGCUUUGGGGACUGGCUGCUGGAGGUGGAGUUUGAUCAGGGUCCCACAGGCUGCUCUCACGUGGAAAGCUUUAAAGUAGCAAAGAACUGGCAGAAGAACCUCCGGUUGAUCUACCAGCGUUUCGUGUGGAGUGGGACCCCAGAGACGAGGAAGCGUAAGGCAAAGUCGUGCAUCUGUCACGUAUGUAGCACCCAUAUGAACAGACUCCACUCUUGUCUCUCUUGUGUCUUUUUCGGGUGCUUUACUGAAAAACACAUUCAUAAACAUGCAGAAACAAAAGAGCACAAUUUAGCUGUAGACCUCUAUCAUGGGGUUAUAUACUGCUUUAUGUGUAAGGAUUAUGUAUAUGACAAAGACAUAGAACAGAUUGCCAAAGAGACAAAAGAGAAACUUUUGAAGUUAAUAACUUCCACCUCAACAGAUGUUUCUCAGCAGCAGUGUAUGGAGUCAGGUGUUGAAGAGAAGCGAUCAAGCUGUGAGUCAAAGGAACAGGAGCCAAAAUUGGUGAAACCCAAGAAAAAGAGGAGAAAAAAGUCAGUCUAUACUGUAGGCCUGAGAGGGCUAAUCAAUCUUGGGAACACCUGCUUUAUGAAUUGCAUUGUCCAGGCACUUACCCAUAUUCCUCUACUGAAAGAUUUCUUCCUCUCUGACAAGCACAAAUGUAUUAUGACGAGCCCCAGCUUAUGUCUUGUUUGUGAGAUGUCUUCGCUUUUUCACGCAAUGUACUCUGGGAGCCGGACUCCUCACAUUCCCUAUAAGUUACUGCACCUGAUAUGGAUUCAUGCAGAACACUUAGCAGGGUACAGGCAGCAGGAUGCCCAUGAGUUCCUUAUUGCGAUAUUAGAUGUGCUGCAUAGACACAGCAAAGAUGAUAGUGUUGGGCAAGAAGCCAAUAACUUCAACUGCUGUAACUGCAUUAUAGACCAAAUUUUUACAGGUGGCCUGCAGUCAGAUGUCACAUGUCAAACUUGCCAUAGCGUCUCUACCACAAUAGACCCGUGCUGGGACAUCAGUUUGGACUUGCCUAGCUCUUGUGCUACAUUCAAUUCACAGAGUACAGAGAGGGCUGACGGCGCAGUGAGUAGGAAUGACCACAUACCAGGCAUCCCCUCACUCACAGACUGCCUACAGUGGUUUACAAGGCCAGAGCACUUAGGAAGCGGUUCCAAAAUUAAAUGUAGUAGUUGCCAAAGCUACCAGGAAUCUACCAAACAGCUCACAAUGAAGAAAUUACCCAUUGUGGCCUGUUUUCAUCUAAAGCGGUUUGAACAUUUAGGCAAACAGAGACGAAAGAUUAAUACUUUUAUCUCCUUUCCCUUGGAGCUGGACAUGACUCCAUUUUUGGCCUCCACUAAAGAGAGCAGAAUGAAAGAUGGCCAACCACCAACAGACUGUGCGCCCAACGAGAAUAAGUAUUCCUUGUUUGCAGUGAUUAAUCACCAUGGAACUUUGGAAAGUGGACACUACACCAGCUUCAUCCGGCAACAAAAGGACCAGUGGUUCAGCUGUGAUGAUGCUGUCAUCACCAAGGCUACCAUUGAGGACUUACUCUACAGUGAAGGGUAUUUACUGUUCUAUCACAAACAGGGUCUAGAGAAAGACUAGUCUAUCAGGCCACUUACCAGAACAAAGUUAAAGAAAUAGGCAAGGAUCCUACCUGAAAUGGACGAUGACAAUACCUAUACAACAAUGAGCACCUCUUGAAAUAUCACAAAAACCUCCUGGAAGGAACAAUGACAACAGCACCUAUAUGACAAUUAGCACCUUGAUGUAAAGAACGUAUUUUACCACGGCCUGUGGGAAAAAUGAAUACUAGCUGGUGACCAUUCAGCCUUAAAUGGGAGGAGGGAAGAGUGGUGGAAAAUGGUCACAUAAAGCAUAGUUAAAUGAAAAGAAUGUUUUAGGUGGGGAGAGUGGGAAUAGAAAUGUUCUAGAACUACUAUAUGUCAUUUAUUUCUGUAAAAUAUACUGUGGGAAAUCAGGGAGUAUUCAUCAGCAAAAAGCUUCACCAUUGGUAUUCCAGCUGUGGCUGACCAAAUAGUUUGGGGGGAAAGGAUAUUUUAAAAGAGAUUCUGAAAAGCU